AUGCCUGGGGAGUCCUGGUCAGAGAAGCUCUUGAGUGGUGUACCGUACACUGACACUUUGUGUCUCGUGUUCUACACUCACCUCUGGCUAGAUCUUAUCGCCAGUUUCCUUUUCUUCCGGGAACACAUGGACCUUCUUGCCGGAUGGAUCCAUCACAUCUGCUACAUUUUGAUCGUCUCUCACUCACUCUACCACCACUGGACAUAUGGAUUGGCACUUGUUUUUAUCGAGGAGAUUCCGACGUUUGUGUUGGCUCUAGGUUCAGUGAGUCCUAGACGUUUCCGUUCAGAAAGUGUUUUCGGUUAUACCUUCUUGGUGUUUCGAGUCGUUUGUCACGCAGUGCUUACAGUGUUACUUUGUGUGAAAAUAAAGGAUCAUUAUUUCAUCAAAAGCAUCACCCUUCUGGCUAUGGGCUUACAUGCUCACUGGUUCAUGGGUUGGGUUAACAGACAGAAGCGACUGCAACGGUUCAAGAGGUAUGCAUCCUCUCGUAUCGCGUCAGGUCUAUUGCUGCCUCCGUCCAGUAGUCUGGAAGCUAUGGGUCAGACAAAAGGUCAUGCGCACCCGUCACCGGAUCGACUGGAGAUGGUGGGCUCACAACUCCCUUCUCCCGGCGACGAGGAGACUGCUCCUCUCUCACCUCAUAGACAAAGUUCCCUCACUCGUGAGACAGCAGGUGGUAUUAAUGCUGGUGAAGAUAAUCUCCGAGGCAUUGUUCGCCAGUUCACCUUGACCGAAGGAAUCACUAACCAUGAACUCUUCUCGGCACACUCACUCAACGGACAUAUCGACGCUGGCGACGAAGGGCCCGAAGAAGUUUUACAGGAAUUGGGCAGCACCGAAAAGCUAGAGGGCACUGCCAAAUUUGCAGAAUAA